UUUCCAACCACCUUUCAGCCCAAGGGAAAGCUCUACGUGUCAUACAACAGGACAGUCGAUAGCGGAAUCAUCCUAACCCCAGCCGAUACUUCAACUGAGCCAGCAGUCGUCUAUGAAUCUGAGCCAUCAAAGUUCUACACUCUAGCGUUUGUCGAAGCGGAUGACUAUACAUUUUUCGUUCGCUCAAACGGCUUGACACGCAACUGGCUGGUUGUCAAUAUUCCGGGAAGCGACAUAUCCAAGGGCAACUCAACAGCAACACCAUAUCUCGGGGCAAAAAUCCCAGAGUGCGGCUCGACAGUUUAUUUUGACAUGAAGAACUACUUCGCCAACAACAACAUGACGCUGAUUGGGGUCAACUUCUUUUCUCUAGCGAAUAGUGCUGCUAGUAGCAUUCAUGCUGGAUUCUCUCUACUGUUGGCAGCAGCUUUUGCCAUGGCUGCUGCUGGGGUCUCGAACUUCUUUUAAUGGCAUUGCUUUCCUCUUUGAACAAAAGCUCCACCUUCAAAUAUAAACGCAUGGUAUUCCAUACAGAUAUCCACAAUAAAUGAAUGAGCCGUC